AUUAAUAAAAUAUUAUCAAUCACCCAUCAAAAAUGUUCUUACGUACUUUCGCUACAAAAGCUCGGGCCAAAAAGCCAAGAUUAAGCGUACUAGAAAAAACUGAAGAAUUCAUUAAAAAUUUUAAGAAGACUGGGAAGAAAUUUACACAAAUUACGGAAAAAGUUGAUAAUUCAGAAGGAAAGUACAAACAAUUAGUUGAUGAGCAGGGGAACUACAUUCCAGACAAACUUAGUAUUGCUGCCUGGAACGUCAAUGGAAUCAGAGCUGUACUGAGGAAGGAAUCUCUCCAGCAUUAUCUUGAGGAAUACUCACCAGAUAUUCUAUGACUCAGUGAGACAAAGAUCGAUGAAAAGAGGCUUAAAAAGUUAGCCAUUCAUCAAUAUCUCCCAUCCGAGUAUAUGAGUUUUUGGGAUUGUUGUAAGCCCCCACAUGCAGGGUAUUCAGGGACAGGCUUUCUUACCAAAUACGCACCUCUAAAUGUAUCGUACGGUCUUGGAAUCCUUGAGCAUGACGCUGAGGGAAGAGUAAUCACAUGAGAAUUCGAGCAUUUUUAUGUCCUUUCAGUAUAUACUCCCAACGGAAUGGAUUCUCUUAACAGAAUUGAAUACAGAGUCUUUGAAUGGGACGAAGCCUUCAGACUAUACGUAAAGAAACUGCAAGAAACUGGCAAACUUGUGAUUGUAACUGGAGACCUGAAUGUGUGCCAUGAGCCUAUAGAUAUUCAUAAUCCACGCCAGUGUGAACAGUCUGCAGGAUUUACAUUCUGGGAAAGAUCUUCAUUUACUAAAAUAUUGAAGACACUUGAAUUAGUAGAUACAUUCAGAGAAUUCUACCCUGAGACUGCCAAUUAUACCUGGUGGAGCAACAGAGGCGGGAGAAUGAGACUCAGAAAUUUAGGAAGAAGAAUAGAUUACGUUUUAGUUGACCAAAAAGUCAUCGAUGGAUACUGAGUUGAUGAUUCAGCUAUCUUAAAUGAAAUUAUGGGAAGUGACCACUGCCCUGUCUCGAUGACCUUAGAUAUGAAGAAGUUACAAAUGAUAGUUUAAUUCAAUCAAAAGAUUAAUUUCCG